AUGCGUUGGUUCCGAAUAGACGACUUUUUUCAAUCAAUCCGUCCCGUGUAUCUGGCGGCAAGGAUAUUUCUGCUGCACUUCGAAACGGUCGAUUUCCAACGGCGAACCCACCGGCGGACACUACUCGAUCAGCUUGGAUUGGUGCUGACCUUGAUGGUGGAUUUAUUUCUCGGAACAGUGGCGCUUCGUAAUCUUACUGCCAUGUUGGAAAUGUCGGAUUCGGUGCUUCUAAACUUAGGCUACUACGCAUCGUUUAUGCUUGCCACUAUGAUUGCAUUGGCCAUUCCAACGUGGAAUAGCUGGCAAGUGGAGUCGCUAUUCGAAAUAUACGCAAACAUUGCCAGCGUCGACGAUGACCUGAAACAGUUGGGAAUUACUGUUGACCACCAGAAGCAUCAUUUUGUUUCGACCUUCAUGACCAGUAUCGCUGCGUUCAUUUCUAGUUUCCUGUUCGCUGGCACAACUUAUACGUUCUUCGUCGAAGGUGCUUUCACUUUUACCAAGCAAUUUUCAGAGUACCUGAUGGUCGUUCCUUUCCUUCGUUCGACCUUGACUACUCAGGAAUUUUCACCGAAAUCCAUAAAAGAUACGUAUAAUUUCCAACAUACCAUAAGAAAGUUCGCUACCUUACACGACCUGCUAUGCGACACGGUGGAGUUCUUCAACAGGUGUUACUCUAUCCAGGCUAUGGUUGCCUUGACGGCGUGCUUUGGUUUUACCAUAUUCUCUGUAUUCGGCGUAAUUCAUUCGUACGCAUCACAAGCCGAUAACGAUACCCUGCUGGUAUCUUGGUCCAACAUGAUCUACGAUACGCUGCCCUUGUACUUCAUUGCACAAAUAGUGCUCUGCUCCGGAUCGCUUCAUGCCGAGUGUAAACAAACGGCAGUUUUGAUUCACAAAGCAAUUUCCUACGGUACGUGCAACAGAAAGCUGCUGAGGGAGCUCAGAACAUUUUCCCAACAAUUGGAACAUCAUGCACCGAAAAUAUCCUGCAGAGUGUUUGAUUUCGAUUGGGUGUUAUUUUUUACGAUGGCUGGUUCUCUAGCAACUCAUUUGGUAAUUUUAGUGCAAUUUGAUCUAGUCAAUUUUAGUGCCACCAAUCCAAAAUUUGUGAUCAGAGGGGAACCCUGCGAUAAUACGAUACAGCCGAUUACCAAACCGGUUCCCAAUCGCAUCGAGAAUUCAAUUACGAUAUACUACGAAAAUGUAAGAGGACUUCGGACAAAGAUUGACGAUUUGUUUUUGGCUGCUUCGGAUGUGGAGUACGACAUCAUUGUUUUCACCGAAACAUGGCUGAAUGAAGAAAUCAACUCUGCACAAUUGUUUGGUGCCAAUUACACAGUAUACCGGAAUGAUCGCGAUCCCAUUGCUACUGGGAAAAAGAGAGGAGGUGGUGCACUCAUUGUAGUUUCUUCCAAGAUUAGUUCCUAUAUGUCUACGUCUCUAGUUAGCGACAAUAUCGAACAUCUCUGGGUGAACGUUCAUGGACCAGAUAACACCGUUGCCGUUGCUUGCUAA